AUGCCUGCUACACAGAAUGCUCAAUUUCGGAUCAUUAAGAAAUGUGCUAAAGCUCUUGCUGUGGCUAAUUCUUGGGAUAGCUACCUCCGUGCCUUGGAGAGACGACAAGAUGGACUUCCAUCGCCAGGAUCGUUUGGUAAUGGAAGUAGGCCACGUCCAAGGCACUCUUCUGUCUCUGACUAUGGUAUUUCCGGUGUAGUCACACGAGACGCAUCCAUGGCUGCGGAUGGAGACCUUACUCUUGGAACACCCCAAGAUCAUGACGAGAACGACGAAACAAACGAGGCUGCCUCUCUAUCAACUAAUGACGUCCUCGAACCGGCCUUCCGACAAAACCCCCUCGUCGACAAUGACUACGUCUUCGGCCAAGCUAUGGGUAGAUACUGGUACAUGGGUCCUGCAUCAUCAUGGGCCUUCUGCAGAAGAGUUCUAGCCCUAGUAGGCAAACAUCUCCCCGAAACAAACAACGAGCCUUUACCCUGGCAUCUUGACGGAGUAGCCUUCCGACUACAGUGGAGACCUCUUAUGCCAGAUGAGCCACCGGAUAUCUCCAACUUACCGCCGUCGGACUAUGCAUACUUCCUCAUUCAAACUGCGAGGUUUUAUCUUGGUCCUUUGGCGAGUUUGAUAGACGAGGCUGAGUUUCUUCUGCAUUUUAAAGAGCUUUAUCAAGAUGCUUCUGCGAAAGCGGCAUCGUGUAAGCUGUGGUAUGCGCAGUAUUUACUCAUGAUCGCUUUCGGUAAAGCUUUUUUGGGUGGGAAGAGUACUGAUGGGAGUCCACAGGGAUAUCAAUACGCUGCUAGAGCGAUGCCUCUAAUGCCAGAGUUGGCCGGCAUUGCUCUUGAUCCUGUUCUUUCUGCACAAGCACUAACCCUAGCAGCUAUCUACUUUCAGUCCAUUGACAUGAGAGUGGCAGCAUAUCAACACAUCGGACAAGCUCUCCGUAUAUGUGUUCUUUCCGGGUUUCACAGACAUAUGCCGGAAGAAGCUGUCGGGGCGCAACACUCCAAGCGAUGCCACAUAAUAUUCUGGGUGGUUUAUAUGCUAGACCAAGAGUUUGCUGCAUUGAUUGGCGCAACGAGUGCCAUACGAGACGAGGAUAUCACCAAUAAGCUACCCUCUCAGGCGGACAGCUCGUUGAGCUCACUCAGUCUGACCCUUCAUGUUCAGCUUGCUCGUUUAAUAGCCAGACUACUAGGAACGGUAUACGGCGUUGGGAAAGAUUACGAUGGCACCCUCUUUAGCAAUACGCAGUCUAUCCUACGAAACUUGGCUGAACUAAAUCGUGAUCUGAACAACAUCAUCAACAACCAUUUCCGAGACUCAAUCAGUAAAGCGUCACGAAUUGCAACGAGACUUCUGCUCCAAUAUCACCACUGCGUCGUUCUCACAACGAGGCCGCAGAUAAUGUGCGCUUUGCAUAUGCACAUCGAGCAGUCAAAGACACAACUCAUGACCCACGGUUUAUCGCUGUCUCCGCCGGUUGCAUCGCUUAUACAGUCAUGCGUUAGCUCAGCGCAGGCAAUUUUGAAGACGCUUCGUGCCUUGGCAGAUGAGGAUCUAAUUGAGGCAUUUUUGCCUUUCCAGAUUGAGUAUGCCUCAUCGUCAGCGUUUCUCCUCCAUCUCAUCCCUAUAAUCUGCCCAUCUCUUCUUUCAGAUGAUUCAUGGCGUGAUGAUGCUCGCUACGUUUUUGACACUCUGAUUUCGAAAGGUAGUCUGAUUGCCCCUUUGCGUAAAGUAGAACUCGAACAGUUGGAGCAAAAGUUAUCUGCUUUGACGCCGACUAGUAAUAUCGCAACACCGGAAGCACCAAACCAGGCAGAAGAUCAUGUCAACGUCCACGAAGAGGAGACUAGGGAACCAGAGUUACACGAACAUGUCUCGGAUGAGACAGGAUGGGACCUCUUUGCGGCUAAUGCCAUGGCAGGGUUGACGCCGGGAGAGUUGCUAGAUCUGGCAGAACAGCUCGAUGUGGAUAGUUUUCUAUAUCAGCCCGAGAUAGGCGAAGGUCGCCCAUAUGACGUCCCUCCACCGCGUCCGCCAAAUCAGCUCUAUGGCGUAAUUCCAGAGGCAAGCUACAAUAAUCAAUUUAUGCCAUAUCCCUACGAUUACAAUGUCAUACCACCGCUAUCUCCACCUACCCCAAAAGCAGCCCUUAGCCCGAGCCCCAAGCUACUCCAGAACCAACAGGCUGCAUCUUCGUUUAGCGAGCUGUCUUAUCAGUACAGACCAAUUGAAGAUGCAUCCAUCAGACUUGUUAGAAUACUGCCGGAGAGGAAGACGAUGAUCAAGUGCGAGAUUAUCCAUGUUUCGCUGGAACAGCCUCCUCCUUAUAUGGCUAUCUCGUACACUUGGGGUGAUACGGGAGAUACCCGAAAAAUUGAGAUUGAAGGAUGUUCGAUCCCGAUAGCUGUCAGCCUCCACGGCGCACUGCAAGCACUUCGAAAAAAACACUCAUCCGUGCUGGUAUGGGCAGAUGCUCUGUGCAUCAACCAAAAAGACCGCGAUGAGCGGAGUCAGCAGGUUCAACUUAUGCCGUUCAUCUACUCCAAUGCGGAUAGCGUCGCAAUCUGGCUCGGUCCGGAAGAGAACGACAGCAUAAGAGCCGUUAGUUUGCUCGACACCAUCGCAACUACAGGUGAACCCUUUGGUUCCAGCAAUGUCUCCAAUAUCUUAGCAGCUGGCGCUGAAAACGGUGACCUUUUGGCGGUGGUGUCACUCUUUGGGAGAGAAUAUUGGAGACGAUUAUGGGUCGUUCAAGAAGUCUUUAAUGCGAAACGAAUAAUGGUUUACUGUGGCUCGACGCGCCUUGAGUGGAAGAAAUACCAGAGCGCUUCAGUAGUAUUCAGCCAGCGCCGUGGGGAACUCAUAUUCAAUAACAAAGACCAGCUCAAGAGGCGACUAGCAACUUCACCUGACCAGUUCAGCUACGUUCAGACGCUCAUUUACCAAGGGCCAGCUAGUCUACCAGACCUCAAAUUCCACAUGUCGGAUGGAGAAGAGGCUCUUCUGCAGGUGCUGCGAACUUGUCGCAGAAAGCUUGCGUCUGACCCUAGAGAUAAGCUUUACGGAAUACUUGGUGUCUUACCAGCCAGUAUUCGAGAAGAGUUCCGCGCGGACUACAAUCUCUCCGUGAAGGAUGUGUACACUGAGAUUGUCGACUUUCUCCUCAAGACAACUGAGAAGCUGGACAUCAUCUGCGAAGCUAUCCACUUCCCUGUUCAUACCAGCACCGCCAACCUUCCAACGUUCGUUCCGGACUGGUCACACGUUCCGCAAACAUCAGCAAUGGGCUUCAAAUACAAUUUUGCAGCUUCAGGUUCUAGCAAAGCUAUUUGUAGGUUCCGUGACGAACGCCUCAGCAAACUGGAAAUUUCGUGUCUUGAGAUCGACGUUGUACAGAGCAAAGGCGUUGUUGUUGGAACGCUUUGCAACUUGGGAGAUUAUCUCAUGGCAUUCCUACACUGGAGAGCACUACUUCUUCAGGCCGUCGAGGGUCGCACUGAGCAAGAAAUACAAAUGGCGGAAGAAUGCUUUGCAGCGACGAUAUGCCUUGGCCAGAUCCCGUCGGAAUAUGACCGAGGCCGAUGGCAGGCAGAAAUCUACCAUGUGUUUGCGAACCUCUUCCGCGACCGUCUGCCAUACAUCAGACUCGAUGACAGACUAGCUUACUACUUGAAAACUCCAUCCGAGGGAAAGGCUGAAAUGAGACGGCACUUUUUACAGAUUCAUUUUGGAGAUCAUCCCGCAUUUGUCCUUUCAGUGCACCGUAGUCUCUUUGUCUCUGUCUCUGAGCUUUUCGACAACAGCCUAACCCCUGGUCACCAAAAUGGAGUAAUCAUGGGCUCUAUCUUGACUUCUACACAAGGCGCGACAGACUCCGAACUGAUAUUGAGUGACGCGAUUUGGAGGGAAAGGGUUCCGCACAUUAACGGAGAGAACUACUUCUUCUGGCCGUAUCCGGUCCUGAAAAGGCUGAUAACGCGGGAUACAAUCAUCCGACAACUCCAAUCCAUCAAGAUAGGACUGGAGGAUGCGGAGGCAUGCAGCGAUCUAAUCGUGGGCACCGAUAAACCCCCUUUUCUUCGAGUCUUUGCAAUACUGGUUCUUGUUGAGAGACCCGGCGAUAUCCAGGCUUUCAUAGAUGCAGAUUUGCAUGACGAAAGAUUUCCUCUGGUACAAGGAUCGGAGUAUCAUCUUACUGCCCAGAUCUGCAUGGCAAACCUGGGAUGGUCUCAUAUGCAGAGAGACUAUUUCAACAUUAACCAACUGCGAAUGUCGCCGGGGUUCUUUGCGCUAAGUGAGAACUACGAAGCUCAGCACUAUGAUAUGCCCAAAGCACAGAUGCUGCCUUGGGUGUUAUGCAGAGACAGCUAUGGAGUCCACGAAGAGACAUUGUCAGGGGGGUGCGGGCAGGUCGUCAAGUACAAGAUUGAUCCCAAUUCACAUGGGUUUACCCCGUUACUGGAGACGCAUGGCUUUUAUGUUAGCUUCGUUGCCGUCAAGUCUUUGAAAAGCACCAGUCGGGAGAAAGACAGGUCGAGCAAAGAGUUGGAAAUGCUCAAACGAUUCAGUGGUCUAAGCCACCCGAAUAUCAUCACGCUUUUGGCAACAUACACUCUCCAAAGCCGAUUUCACUUCGUCUUUCCAGCCGCCGAAUACGAUCUUCUCAUCUAUUGGAAAAUCCAUCCUGGACCACUCGUGAAUCCCUCUUCUGCCAACAGCGAAGGUCUCCUAUGGCUGUCGGAACAAAUCCGAAAUGUCAUUGGGGCCCUUGCACAUAUCCAUGAAGGCACAAAAGCCCAUAUGGAUACGGAGACAAUGUUCGGCAGACAUGGGGACAUAAAACCUGCCAACAUUCUUUGGUUCAGAUCGCGGAAAGAGAGGCGUGGUGUUUUUGUGAUAUCAGAUUUAGGUAUUGCGGAUGCUCACCGGGAAGAUACCAGAUCUAUUAUUCCUGCAGCCGAUUUGCCUGUCACGCCCAGAUAUCGAGCACCCGAGUGCGAUAUCCGUGAUGGCCGGAUAUCCAGGGCAUAUGAUGUCUGGAGUCUAGGCUGUCUAUUACUCGAAAUGACUUGUUGGAUCCUUGGGGGAAAUGACCUGAGGGAACGAUUCAAAGACAUCCUGGUCUCACCUUAUAUAACUGGGGUCAAGACCGACAUAUACUUCGAUAUUCACUGGCUCGGCCCUGGAGAGGGCUACAGGCUUGGGGUAAAAGAUCAAAUCAUCAAGUAUUUCGUGCCUUUGGCCAUGGCCUUGUCAGGUGCUGAGACCCUCACUAUUAACUCUGAUUCUUGCUUGCGGGUCAGGAAGUAUGUUACAGCAAUCAGCACACAGCUUGUCACCGCCACAAGGACCAACUCUGUUGUACAGAGUGUUAUAGUUGAUAUCACUACAACUGUGAAAAUGGAUGGUACCAAGACAGUUACUCAGCAGACUAUAAAGACAAUCACGACGACUGCCCAGAAUGUCAAUCCACCAUCCAAGAAGCGAGCAGUCAAUGCCCCUGUCAUCCCUUCUUAUGCCAGCAUCGCGUGCAGCAACUCGGUCAAGUACUCCUCCGCAUGUUCUCGUGUCGGUGUAACCAGCAAAACCAUUACUCUUCCCCGAACGACGAUCGUUUCAGUCAUCUCAAAGGUUAUCAUUCCACGGAGAACCACCAUCAAGACUGCUAUCGCAACUGCCUAUGCUACCAAGACGGUCAAGACAGAGGUUGUGCAGGAGACCUAUUCCACUGAGAAGAUCAGUAAAGUUGUUGGAACAGAAGUAAAGGAUAACAUCAUUGCCACCGAGACCAAGACCGAGAUCAGUACGAAAACCGAGGCGGCUGAUCCACUGCAGACGAUUUCCCUCAUCGCACACGACAGCGGUGAUCCUGACCUCGCCUCCCUCGGCGGUGUUGGUUUCGUCCAUCUAGAGAACCAAAUCGGCACAGGAAAAUACUUCCUCGACUUCACAGCCGACGUUGACUCCGACCUAACCUUCACACUCAACCAACGCACAGGAGAAGUUAAAGUCGUCAACGGACCUGCAAGUUCGAUCGGAAAAGCUGCCUACUCCAACGUCAACGGAAACUCGGACAACUACGUACGCUUCAUGUCAACCGAGGAAGCGACAGCGAAUGCGGCCAACUCUUUGGCCCGCAAGAUCAUCCCAGCGACUUCGUACCCCCUGGGCCUUCAGUGCUUGUGGGGGACUAAUCAGAUUGCUGAUUUUUGGACGUGCUCUUCACGACUGGGGCUUGUUCAGCCGGGAGUGGAUUUCACGAGUCAGUGUACGGGUGCUUCUACCUCUUAUAACAUUGACAUAGAGGUCCGCUUGGCUUAG